CUCUAUGGCGUUUCCACCCAGCAGUUGACGGAAAUUGUUGAAAAAACAUUAGAAUUUUAUAAAAUCGAAUGAGAUAUUAAUCUUGUAAACAAAUAGUUGAUGAAAUUCAGCAAUUUCCUAUAAUCUUAGCACUAGCAUUCAUCAUGACGGCCGACAAUGAAUAUCCAAAAGCUUCAAAUGCUACACUAAUUGGCGCCAGUAUUACGUAUAUUGCCGGCCUGUUCUUGCUACUUUCAUUUGCUGGCCCAUACUGGAUCGAGUCCUACCCAGAGAUGUUUUCUUCCUUUAAACGCAUGGGUCUAUGGGAAUAUUGUUUUGACCGAUUCCGAUUCCCAUCUUAUCAAUUUGAUAAGUUGUUUCAUGGAUGUCACUAUGUGUUUAGCCAGGAAUUCCAUGUGAUUAGGGAAUGGCUCCUGCCUGGUUGGCUUAUGUCUGUCCAGGCAUUUGUGACACUGGCUCUCAUUUUCUCUUUCACUGCUCAGGUCCUCCUAGCCUUAGUCAUUGUCCGCUGGCCACUUCGUACAGUGUUACGUUACGAAUGGAUGUUUGUUUCUGUGUCAUUCUGUUUAGUCGCCUUAGCCAGUGCCUUCCUGUUCCUUGCAGUAGCAAUUUUUGGUGGAAACUGCUAUAGACGUGAUUGGCUUCUGUACCCAUCAUUCAAUGUACUAUCCUGGUCUUAUGCAUUUGCUGUAAUUGCCUUCAUGUUCUUUGGUGGUGCUGCUAUCCUUUUGUAUUUGGAAUCUCGCAAGUUGUACGAGCUGCGUUUGGAAGCUAGGAACCUUGUGGCUCAGAUGCAGCACAGCCAGCCGGAGCAUGCAUUGCAUCAGCUUCGCGACCAGCUCCAACAGCAACGUCACAAUUGGAAUAUGUAGAUAUACUCCACCCUUGUCUCUGACCGUACCUGGACUUAAUUUCCAAUAUGAAAUUUUUAAAACUGAGUAUUUUAAACAGUAUAAUUGAUAAUGUUAAGAAGUACUAGAAUUCACGGAAGAUCUUUAUAGUUAACGCUUAAUUAUCCUUUGUAUUUUAUGGAUCUAAGUAAAAGGAAUGGAUUUUUGAUGUGUGAUGAGUGCCUUUGAAUUUUAUUGAUAACAAUUUAAAAUAACAUUUGGAAAAUACAUUGUUUAAAAUUAAUUUUAAAUGUAUUGACGUGUACAUACCUAGUUGAUUAAAUGUCAGCUAUUUUACUAUAAAUCACAAGUGCAUUUAUAUGUCGUAUUUAUUAUAGUUAAAAUAUAGAUUCAAUUUGUGUAAAUGCUUUACUGAAGCUCUCUUGGAGUUUUGUUAAAAAUUGUGGAAAAAUUCUUACAAUGAUUCCAUUAAAAUUGCGCUCCAAUUUUAUUUUAAAAGUCUGCUACUUAUUUGUAUUUUUUUAUCCUUAAUUUUAGAAUUAUGUAUGUCCUUAGUUGUAGGUAAUAUGUAGGUACUAUCACAGAAUAAUAAUAAGUACUACGUACAGAAGUUUUUCUUCGCGAAGGUAUUCAAAAAAAUGUAUGCUCAAUGUCAUCAACAAUAUGGUGUAAUUUAGCUUGUCUUAAGAGUCGAGCACCGUUUUGUUGACAUACGUCAGUGAUCGGUACUGUCUUGAUGCCAUAGGGCUGACUGCUACAAGAAGCUACUGUGUCGCCAUCUAGCGCACCACACUUGCAUUCACUGCUCUUCGCGGCAACGCGCAGCUACAUGCGGCCGCCAGUUAUAUAGUGUAAGAGCUAGCACCUAAAUAUUUUAUAAUACACAUAACUGUGACAAUUUAUUUCACGUGGGCGAAGCCAAAAAGCUAGUAAGAAAUAAAAAUUCAAUUCAGUAGGUAUUUCAAACCAAAUUUUAUUACAUAAACAAACAUUAUACUAAUUUCAUUAUGGGCCCUUAGUAUGUGAAAACUGCAAUUGACGAUAUUUCGCACUGUUUUUAAUAUUAUGUAUUACAGAACGUAUGUGUGAUGGGAUGAUAUUUUCGAAAACACGAUUAGAAAAAAUUUUUCUCGAAAAAAAAACAUUUACCUCUGGAUUUUUUUAUAAAAGUUUAAUAUGACCGUGUUUUACAAUAUAAUUCCUAUAAAAUCACAAAGGUAUCAUGUUUGCCUCUUUGAUUUCCUGGCUGUUUUAGAUUUCAAAAACCUAAAUAUAUUAAUUUAUUAACUUUCUGAUAAAAAUGUGAAUGGCUCUUACGAUGUCCCCCCCUUAAAUCAAAAUGUCUUUAUUUGGUCUAUAUGCCCAUCAUCACUACGUAAUAAUUAUAAAAAAAGUCGCUUUCCUGUCUGUCUGUCCCUAUUUAUGCUUAGAUCUUUAAAACUAUGCAACAGAUUUUGAUACGGUAUUUAGGGUUCCGUAGCCAAAUGGCAAAAACGGAACCCUUAUAGAUUCGUCAUAUAGUCUGUCUGAACAUAGUACGUUUUUGUGCACUUUUUAAAAUGAGUUAACCAAGUAUAUGGCUAUUAGACUUGCACACGUCCGUCCGUUUUUUGUAGGAUUAAUAUAAUUAAGUAACAUUUAUUUUUUGCAUUCGGCUCUUGGUCUAACCCAAACGAAACACGAACAACUAAUGAACUAACAAUGAACAAAGUUGAUAAAUUAGUAAUAUGUAAAUAAUGAAUUUGUUUUACGAGCUGUCCCGGCGUACCCGCAAAUUAAUAUAAAGUUGUUUAAGUGAUUUAUAAAAUCGCAAUAUUAAUUUUUGAAAGUAGGGUCAUUGUGCUGGUUUUCUAUCUAACUUCGGUUUUCGUCCAUUUCACUGAGCUGCCAUAAACACAUGCGUAAAAUUUGAAUACAAAGUAUUGUAUUCACAGAAGGCAGUAGCCAUCCCGCGCUAGUUUUGUUGCAAUCUAUAAUGCCUAAGCAACAGUUCUACCUAAAUGAAAAUGUAAUUUAAAAAGUAGUGAGUUCCAAAAAAUUACGUAAAUGCGCGGCCAUACACCGGUCACCGGUACAUUGCAGAAAUCAUCGCGCUAGAAAAAAAACGUGCUGACAGGAAAAGUUUUUGGCACGUAUGUCUAAUUGAUAGCAUUAUAAACACAAUUUUAAGUGUUUAUUAAACUUCUUCAUACAAAAUUAAAUCUUAGAUGACUAAGGGUCAUUUUUUCAAAGCAAAGCUCAGGUCAUAUAUUAGCAGGCAAAUCAACUCGGAAAGGGAUCAACAACGUAUCGCCUUUUGUGGCAUGGAGGUAAUAGUGGAGAGGAAAUAUAGAUCUAUACAAAAAUUCGACAAAUUAAUGACAAACAGCUGUUUAUCUCUUUCUAACUUACCCCUGGUGAUGUAUAAAAAAAAGAAAUAGAUAAUGUUUGGUCAGUACUCAUUCUGGCAACAUUUUCAUGUGACGUCACUAACUACCUGACUUGUGCCGAGUAGGUACCUACAUACAAGAUUUAAGAAAACAACAUAUUUAUAGGCAAUCAGCUGACAACUACACGCACACACACACACACAAAUACCUGUCAGCUGAUUGCCUAUAUUGCGGCCAUGUUGUUUUCUUAAAUCGUGUAUGUAUUUAUAAUGCGUGUAAAUGUGUGCGUAAUGUACCGAGUACCUACGUUUAUUUUAAAGUUACGCCAAGUCCAUGAGACAUUGAUAUACGUCAGUGUUUUGCGAGCUGUCAUUGCCCUUCGCGCACUGUCAUCGGCGAGGCAAGGCGUUUACGUUACGGUGCGGAUUGUGUGUGCGUUGCAGUAUGGACUUUAGUUGACUGCCUUUAUGAGCACUCGAACGACAUAAAAUAAUAUGAUACAUUUAUGUAAGGGUAUUUUAAGAUCACAAAGUUGGCAACUCCGAUAGUUGGUCGAAAACCAGCGCAAAGACCCUAUCCUGUUUGACACCUAUAAUAAUUGACAAUAGCUGGCUCGGCGAACUUCGGCAAACUAAUGUGUGACGUGAAGUGCCAAAUCGCGGAAAAUGUCGGAAGAAAUACAUGAAUUUGCAUGAAUUAUCAUGAAUAACAAUAACCACUUAUUUACCUCUCAGUGUCUUCAGGCAACUUAAAAAAAGUACGUUGUGUGUUUUUAUUAUUAUUUAGGCAGUUAAAUACUGCACAGUAUUUUUUACACAGUAUUUUUUUAUUUUUUUCCAUAAUACAAGAGUACGCGUGCGUGUGUCAAUGCUCGCUCGUAUCUCGUAUGUGACGCCUUGUCGAAUCGCCUCCUGUAGGUGGGCUAUCGUGCGUGUUUUGUUUUCGAUGUGAACUCGCGGAGAUGAACAGGCCUGGUACUAUUAAGAUUAGUUUACUUAAUCAAUGUUUGCAACAAGCCAUAAACUGUAAUUUUCUUGAUAAAUAUGAAUUUAAAAGGAUUUAAAAUUAUUUUAAUAUCAUUGAAAAUAUUAUUAUACACAAUGUUUUAGUGAUGUCAAUGUAAUUUUCUCACUGCGAAAUAUAACACGAUUUUCAUCUGCAUUAUUACUAAUGUAUUAACUUUUAAAAAUCUUGGUACAAAAUCGCACGUGGAUAUGGUUAGCUGUUAUUAUGCAUUCCAGCUUCUUGUUGUAAACAAAUGAACUUAAUAUUAUGUAAUUUAGUCCGUCCGAAUGAUACUUAUAUUUUUAUAGCCAUUUGAUGGGUAAGCACAUUGUACUGAUAGUGGAAAAAUACAUUAUAUUUUUAACAAGAUAA